AUCUCAAGCCGACGCGUUCACGAGCCUCGUAUAAGCGAUCCACCAUUUGGUUAGGUGAAGGCGUGCUAGCGCGGUGCAUGUGUGCGCAACCACGCGCGAUAGUAUUUCUUGGUUACUAAAAUAACGAGAGACCCACGACGGUCGGCGUGAGACAAAUAUUCAUUAGUGGCUUGGUGGGAUCGGAGGAUUUUUGUACUCGUUUCAGUCGUUCCCGGUGAAUUUAUGCGGCUGUAGAAAAAUGGCACAGAUAGUGACGCAAGUGCUGAGAACGAGCAUCCGGACGAUCGCCAACACGGGAAACUCGAAAAUUCUCAACAUCGGCGGAACCGGAACUGCUAAAUCUUCGGUCUUUCAUUUCCGCUCGAUCGGAACGACACCAGUAACAAGAGUAGCCGAACGAUGGUACACCAGCAGUCACGAGUGGAUCGAGGUCAAGGACAAAGUUGGUACGGUAGGAAUCUCGGAUUAUGCUCAGGAUGCGCUCGGCGACGUUGUUUUUGCUCAAUUGCCCGAAGUUGGAGCUUCGAUUGAAAAAGAUGACGAGUGCGGGGCCCUUGAGUCCGUGAAGGCAGCAUCGGAGAUCGCGAGUCCUGUGAGUGGUAAAGUGGUCGAAUCGAACGAGGCGUUAUCGAAAAAGCCUGGUUUGGUGAACAGCUCGUGUUACGAGGAGGGCUGGCUGUUCAAGCUGGAACUGAAGAAUCCCGAAGAGAUAAAGAGUCUCAUGGACGAAAAAUCCUACAAGGAGUACCUCAAGUCAGAUCCACACUAGUCAAAAUAAUUAAAUUAAACUCCUUAAACAAAAAGACCAAAAAACAUAAAUCUCGAGAUAAAAACGAGAGAGCUCUUGUUCAGUUUUUUCAGCCAAAGAAUUAUGGGAAUUUUUAAAUACAUAAUUUGACGGACUGAAUUCUUGCACGAUUAAUCGAGUUUCGAAAUUCGGUAUCGACGUAACUUACGAGCAACAUUUUCGCAACACAAAGUUUGCGCAAUGGGAAAUUUUCUCUCGUGUUUUUUUUUGCGUCUAAAAUAUGUAACAUCCGCAUUGGUAGUUUGUACGUAGUUAGUUACGAAAAGCGCAUCUCCGAGCUUAUUUUUCUUUUGAUACACUGGGCGGAAUAACAUCACUGCGAUUAGCAAAAAACGUGUGUAUGUGUGUGUUUGUGUGUGUGUAUAUAAAUAUAAAUAUGUAUGUAGUUUGGAAAGACGUUGUUAAUCAUUGACGAAAGCAAGGCCGCGCGAUAACACGCUCCAUUUAUGUUAAUUAAUAAAUUUAUAUUUACAAUCAA